GGAUUCACAAGGACAGAGUAAGAGGGCACUUGCGGAGCUCUGAGCCUAGUGACCGGCGGAUGGUCCCGCUGCGACACUGGGAACCGGUCUCUGAUCCCACUGUGAAGUCUCAGCUAACUCCCGAGGCCAGGUCUCAUAAGGUUUUUGCGUGUCCGUCUGCUGCACAGAUGGUGUGCGAUGGCAAGACCAUUACUUUUCUUGUGACAGGCGCUGCCCUGGUACCUUGGAUUACAUUUGCUUCCACCGCCACAUGGUUCCUUCUUGCCUCCUCACGUCACAGUGCUGUCCGGCCGACUCUCUUAAAAUGCAAUUCUACGCAGGCGUUACUUGUCGAUGACGAGCUCGCCGACUUCGCCGUACUUGUCCCGCCGAAAAUCCGGGCCCUGCCAUCGAUCGGUUCUUACUCCGCUACCAGCUCCGACAUGGUGCGAACGUGCAGCGUUUAUGGUAAUUAGUGGGUCAGGGAACCUCUGAGAGACCUCGCUUCUGUUGUUGCUGUCGCCCAUACCCCGAACCGCCUGGAUCUCAUGAGAGACGGAUAUACAGAAGGCAAUUCACAACCCCUCGCAUUGUUCAGUCC